CCAGGACACAGCUCUCAUGGACAUAAUCUCUAUUGCCCUCUGUCUGUGUAUCUAUCUCUAUAUGUUUCAACUUGUGUUGUCAUACAGCCAAGUUUAAUUCUAAACCAGUAAUUCUCAUUAUUAUAUAUAAUUAUAAGUUGUUUAUUGUUUUUGGCAAAUAGAAAAACUAAAGUUGUAUGUUUCUCAUUCUUUUUCUAAGAAAAUAUGUUUUUACUAAAUUUGCUAAAUGUAUGUCUUAUCAAAAUGGAAUGAAUGUGCUAAUUUUGUCAAUGUGUUUAGAUGUAGAUUCAUUCUGUCAUAAUUAUAAUUUUUUGUACAACUAUGUUUGUAAGUCCAUAAGUGGUAAGUGUGUGAUAGCUGACCCAACCCUGGGUCCAAGGGAUUUGUUUGUCAUGUGCACUGCAUCCAACAUACACUUCACAUAUGUGUUUGGUAUAAUGUUGGAGCCCUGCUUCAUGUACUGCAAAUUAUUGUAGAGAGACAUCCUCUCAAUUUCAGUAGUGUGAGAGACCGAAAAAGAAGGUGAUGGAAAAACAAUGGAUUUCAAAAUAAACACUGACAAUAGUUAGCCACAGCGAUGUCUACCCUGCAGGCUGAGAAUCAUAAGUGCCUAACUGCUGUUACUCACACUGACAAAGCAUGCAAACCAUAGAUGUAUUGUAAAUGUAUUUCAGUUCAUUUCCAGAUGAAUGAUUUGUUUUUCUUCUCCACCUGAAAGUGGAAAGUGUGAAUUCAUGAGUCAGUGUGAGGACAGAGAGGAGGGAGCCCUGCCCUCUAAAACCAGUCUGCGUGAAGACCAUAAGAGCCAGAAAAAAGCUCAGAGGUUUCAUCAGAGACAAGAAUCUGCUGAACUUGGACGUGAACCUGAACCUGAACCCAGCUGCAUGUCCUUCCAGAGCGAUAGGUCAAAGGACAUUGUUGUUAAUUUUAAAGACCAACAUGCAUUAGAGUCAAAAGUGGACCAGCAGAGCUCAGAGGUUCCUAGUGCUCAGUCUGUCCAGCAGCACCAAACACACCUGGACUCCAUAUUUAUGCUGCUGAAGGAAAACAUUUUCACAUUUGUGCAGAAGGAGCUAAAAAAGAUCCAGAAGGGUCUGAGUCCAGAUUACCCAGAAUGCUUAGAGAGUCAGAGGGAGGAUGAGGAGGAGUUGGAUGGUGAGGAUGAAGAGCAGAGGAGGAGCAGCAGAGACGCGUUUCUGAAGAUCACAGUGAACUUCCUCAGGAGGAUGAAGCAGGAGGAGCUGGCUGACUGUCUGCAGAGCAGAUCUGCUGCUGGACUUUGUCAGGAUCAACUUAAAUCUCGCCUGAAGCAGAAGUUCCAGUGUGUCUUUGAAGGCAUCGCUAAAGCAGGAAAGCCAACCCUUCUGAACCAGAUCUACACAGAGCUCUACAUCACAGAGGGAGGGACUGGAGAGGUCAACGAUGAACAUGAGGUCAGACAGAUUGAAACAGCCUCCAGGAAACCAGACAGAGCAGAAACAAGCAUCAGACCAGAAGACGUCUUUAAAGGCUCAGCUGGAAGAGAUGGAGCCAUCAGAACAGUGAUGACAAAGGGAGUGGCUGGCAUUGGGAAAACAGUCCUAACACAGAAGUUCACUCUGGACUGGGCUGAAGGCAAAGCCAACCAGGACAUACACUUCACAUUUCCAUUCACCUUCAGAGAGCUGAAUUUGCUGAAAGAGCAAAGGUUCAGCUUGGUGGAACUUGUUCAUUACUUCUUCAGUGAAACCAAAGCAUCAGGAAUCUUCAUUUUUAAACACUUUAAGGUUGUUAUUAUCUUGGACGGUCUGGAUGAGUGUCGACUUCCUCUGGACUUCAACAAGACUAAAACCCUGACUGAUGUCACAGAAUCCACCUCAGUGGAUGUGCUGCUGAUAAACCUGAUCAGGGGGAACCUGCUUCCCUCUGCUCACCUCUGGAUCACCACACGACCUGCAGCAGCCAAUCAGAUCCCUCCUGGGUGUGUUGACAUGGUGACAGAGGUCAGAGGGUUCACUGACCCACAGAAGGACGAGUACUUCAGGAAGAGAUUCAGAGAUGAGCAGCAGGCCACAACAAUCAUGUCCCACAUCAAGACGUCACGAAGCCUCCACAUCAUGUGCCACAUCCCAGUCUUCUGCUGGAUCACUGCUACGGUUCUGGAGGAGCUGCGAACCAGAGAGGGAGGAGAGCUGCCCAAGACCCUGACGGAGAUGUACAUACAUUUCCUGGUGGUUCAGACCAAAGUGAAGAACAUCAAGUAUGAUGGAGGAGCUGAGACAGAUCCACUCUGGAGUCCAGAGAGCAGGAAGAUGAUUAAGUCUCUGGGAAAACUGGCUUUUGAGCAGCUGCAGAAAGGAAACCUGAUCUUCUAUGAGUCAGACCUGACAGAGUGUGGCAUCGAUGUCAGAGCAGCCUCAGUUUAUUCAGGGGUGUUCACACAGGUCUUCGAGGAGGAAAAAGGACCGUAUAAGGACAAGGUGUUCUGCUUCAUCCAUCUGAGUGUUCAGGAGUUUCUGGCUGCUCUUCAUGUCCAUCUGACCUUCAUCAACUCUGGAGUCAACCUGCUGUCACAAAUAUCUUGGUUUAAACAUUUUAUGAUGAAACAUAGAACUUCACAGUUCUACCGUGGUGCUGUGGACAAGGCUUUAGAGAGUCCAAAUGGACACCUGGACCUGGUCCUCCGCUUCCUCCUGGGAUUUUCUCUUGAGAAAAACCAGUCAUUCUUACAAGGUUUGAUGACACGAAUGAGAAGUAAUUUACAAACCAAUCAGAAAACAGUUCAAUAUAUCAAGAAGAAAAUUACAGAGUUUCCUUCUGCAGAGAAAAGCAUCAACCUCUUCCACUGUCUGAACGAGCUGAAUGAUUGUUCUCUAGUAGAGGAGAUCCAACACUAUCUGAAAUCAGGAAGUCUCUUCAUAUAUAAACUGUCUCCUGCCCAGUGGUCAGCUCUGGUUUUCAUCUUAUUGUCUUCAGCAAAUGAUCUUGAAGUAUUUGAGCUGAAUAAAUUCUCUGCUUCAGAGGAGGCUCUUCUGAGGUUGCUGCCUGUGGUCAAAGCUUCCAACACGGCUCUACUGAAUAGCUGUAACCUGUCAGAGAGAAGCUGUGAAGCUCUGUCCUCAGUUCUCAGCUCUCAGUCCUCUAGUCUGAGAGAACUAGACCUGAGUAACAACAACCUGCGGGAUUCAGGAGUGAAUGUUCUGUGCGCUGGACUGAAGAGUCCUCACUGUCGACUGGAGACUCUCAGAUUAGGUGGCUGCAGUUUGUCAAAGAUCAGCUGUGAUUCUCUGGUCUCAGCUCUGAAGUCCAACCCAUCACAUCUGACACGACUGGACCUGAGUAACAACAACCUGCAGGAUUCAUCAGUGAAGCAUCUGUGUGGUUUUCUGGAGAGUCGUCACUGUCGACUGGAGACUUUGAGAUUGAGUGGCUGCAAUUUGUCAGAGAUCAGCUGUGAUUCUCUGGUCUCAGCUCUGAAGUCCAACCCGUCACAUCUGACACAACUGGAGCUGAGUAACAACAACCUGCAGGAUUCAUCAGUGAAGCAUCUGUGUGGUUUUGUGGAGAGUCGUCACUGUCGACUGGAGACUCUGAGAUUGAGUGGCUGCAGUUUGUCAGAGAUCAGCUGUGAUUCUCUGGUCUCAGCUCUGAAGUCCAACCCGUCGCAUCUGACACAUCUGGACCUGAGUAACAACAACCUGCAGGAUUCAGGAGUGAAGCAUCUGUGUGGUUUUCUGGAGAGUCGUCACUGUCGACUGGAGACUCUGAGACUGAGUGUGUGUGACCUGUCAGAGAGAAGCUGUGAAGCUCUGUCCUCAGUUCUCAGCUCUCAGUCCUCUAUUCUAAGAGAACUGGACCUGAGUAACAACAACCUGCAGGAUUCAGGAGUGAAGCUACUGUCUGCUGGACUGAAGAGUCCUCACUGUCGACUGGAGACUCUCAGGCUCUCAGGCUGUCUGCUCUCAGAGGAAGCUUGUGUCUCUCUGGCCUCAGCUCUGAGCUCCAACCCCUCCCAUCUGAGAGAGCUGGACCUGAGCUACAAUCAUCCAGGAGACUCAGGAGUGGAGCUGCUGACUGCUGGAGUCAAGGAUCCACACUGGAGACUGGACACUCUCAGGGUGGAGCCUGGUGGAGUCCGAUGGUUGAGACCAGGUCUGAGCAAGUAUUUCUGUCAACUCACCAUCGACACAAACACAGUGAACAGGAGACUACAACUGUCUGACAACAACAGGAAGGUGACACGUGUGAAGGAGGAUCAGUCAUAUCGUGAUCAUCCAGACAGAUUUGACUACUGGCCUCAGCUGCUGUGUAGUAAUGGUCUGACUGGUCGCUGUUACUGGGAGGUUGAGUGGAAAGGAAGAGUUCAUAUAUCAGUGAGUUACAGAGGAAUCAGAAGGAAAGGAGGCAGUACAGACUGUUGGUUUGGAUUCAAUGAUCAGUCCUGGAGUCUGAUCUGCUCUGAUGAUGGUUACUUUGUCAGACACAAUAACAUAAGAACAUUCAUCUCCUCCUCUGUGUCUGACAGAGUAUCAGUGUAUGUGGACUGUCCUGCUGGUUCUCUGUCCUUCUACAGAGUCUCCUCUGACAAACUGAUCCACCUUCACACCUUCAACACCACAUUCACUGAACCUCUUUAUCCUGGGUUUGGGUUUAUAUUCCGUUCUCCUCGUUCCUCAGUGUCUCUGUGUGAUGUGUCGUAGUGAGAGUUUGAUCCUGUCAGAUAGAUGUAUUAAAACAAACUAUGGAGCAACUUGUGGAUUGUCGUUAUGUAUGAUUGUGUGCUCUUUGCAUUACACCUCUGGUGUAUGUCCUGAUCUCCCCAGCCAGUUUUUGAUUUUCUUUUCCCAUUAUCUUUCAUAUUACUCUUUUAUUAAAAUAAACUGCAAAUUGUCUCUCA